GAAGAUGAAAUACAAAAUCUCCCGCUGGACAAUGUUUGUUUGCUUCUUUUGCAUAUCCUUGCGACGGAUGCAUCCGAAUUGUAUCCACUUGCUAAAGCGUCGCUGGAAGCAUUUUGCGAACUUCUGGACAGGUGCCCUGAAAAAGAUUCAAGUCUGAUUGCGGUUCUUGAAAUUAUCAUACAGCGUCUAAUGGAUCAAAAUGAUGGUCUAAGAGAAUCCGCUCUGAUGGUAUGUUUCGUUGUCGCAGUCCACUGA